AUGAAAUCAGUAUUAUCUAUACAAUCUCAUGUUUCUCAUGGUUAUGUUGGUGGCCGAGCUGCCAUUUUCCCUUUACAAACUCAAGGAUGGGAAGUUGAUAAUAUCAAUACUGUCAAUUUUUCAAAUCAUACUGGAUAUGGAUCAUUUAAGGGUACAUCAUUAACUUCAAAUGAAUUAAAUGAUUUGUUAAAUCAAUUAAUCAAUAAGCUUCAUAUUUCUUAUCGAGCUAUUAUAACUGGUUAUAUCCCUAACGCGUCAUUAAUUAAAACCACCAAUGAAUAUAUAUCGUUGAUUAAACAAAAGCAGCAACAACAAAAACAUGAAGAAGAAAAAGUGAUAUAUUUGUUAGAUCCAGUGAUGGGGGAUAAUAAUUAUUUAUAUGUUGAUAAAUCAUGCAUCGUUGAAUAUCAGUCGAUAUUACAUAAUAAAUUGGUUGAUAUAAUCACCCCGAAUCAAUUUGAAUUGGAGUUGUUAACAAAUAGUAAAAUUAUUGAUAAAUUUGGUCUUGUUGAAGCGAUUAAUAAGUUGCAUAACGAUUAUGAUAUACCGUAUGUUGUUGUUACUUCGAUCACUAGUGGGAGUAUAUUCAAAUCAGAAGAAGAAGAUAAAUAUAUUCAUUGUGUCAUAUCAACUAAAGAUCAAUCAAUAAUAAAAGUGUUUGAUAUCCCAAUGAUAAAAUCAUAUUUCACUGGAGUCGGGGAUUUAUUCUCAGCAUUAUUAUUAGAUAAAUUUUAUAAAAACAAACACGAUGCUAUAAUAAAUGGGAUACAUGAUUCAAUGACGAUCUUGAGUCGAUCAGUGAAUCAAGUAUUGACAAUCAUGGCAAAAACUCUAAAACUUACUCAUAAAUUAGGGAUUCAACAAGCUAUAGCAGCAACAAGAAAAGACGUUAAUUAUAAUAAUAAUGACGACAAAGAUAAUUUCAUUAGUGGUAAAAUCAAUGAUGGUGAUACUAUGAAAUAUUUUGAAUUAAAAAUCAUUCAAGCUAAAGAAUAUUAUGAUUAUGACGGAGAUGGGGAAUUUAUUGAAAAAGUACUCGAAUUGAAUUAA